AAAGUGUGCUUGGGGGGAAGAGAGAAAAUGUUUUGUACUGUUUAUCCUGACGUCAGUUAGUACGGCUUGCACUACUGCGGUUGUCUCGCAACUACGUUUGAGCAAGAAUUCGGGAAUCGAUAGGCUGGAGUCCACAACUUGCAAAUCGUUCCUCGAGGAGUCACUGAAAUGAUUUCUGCAGAUAUUCCAAACUGGACUAAAACAACACAAUGAACACCUGUGCUUUUCUGCUGCUCCUGGCCGUUCAAAUCUACGCCGAAGGCAUAGAGGGACCAACAGCAGCAGGCUGCACCUUUGACGAGGAUUCUGAGCCCAGUCUGUGUGACUUCACCCAAGGCGAGGAGGAUGACUUUGACUGGCAGCUCUUCCGGACACACAACUCGCCCUACGCCUCUUCUGACCUCCUCUGUGGUUCCUAUAUGCUGGUGAACUCUUCCCAGCAUGCUGCAGGGCAUCGCGCCCAGCUCUUACUGCAGACGCUGAGUGAAAAUGACACACACUGCGUCCAGUUCAGCUACUUCCUGUACAGCCGCGAUGGCCACAGUCCAGGGGCACUGCGGGCGUACGUUCGGGUCAACGGCGGCCCGCUGGGUAGCCCAGUAUGGAACACGUCGGGGUCCCACGGACGACAGUGGCACCAAGUGGAGCUGGCUGUCAGCACCUUCUGGCCCAAUGAGUACCAGGUCCUGAUCGAAGCAACUGUUUCCAGGGAGCGGCGAGGCUACAUCGCCAUGGAUGACAUCCUGCUCCUGACCUAUCCCUGUUAUAAGGCACCCCACUUCUCCCGGCUGGGAGAUGAGGAGGUCAACGCUGGGCAGAAUGCCACCUUCCAGUGUGUGGCAUCGGGCCGGGCAUCGGAAGCUGAGAAGUUCCUACUGGAGAGGCACAGUGGGGACGUGACAUCUACAGCCUUGGUCAAGCACCUGAGUCACCGGCGCUUUGUGGCAUCAUUCCAGGUGGACAGUGUGCAGCGCAACGACCAGGACCUGUACCGAUGUGUCACCCAGUCCUCCAGGGGCUCUGGGGUCUCCAACUUCGCUGAGCUCAUUGUCAAAGUUCCCCCCUCCCCUAUUGCGCCCCCACAGUUGCUGCGAGCGGGCUCCACAUAUCUGAUCAUCCAGCUCAACACCAACUCCAUCCUGGGAGAUGGCCCUAUCAUCAGGAAGGAGAUUGAGUAUCGGGCCAGCCAAUCACCUUGGUCCGAGGUCCAUGGGGUCAACAUGGUCACCUACAAGCUGUGGCACCUGGACCCAGACACGGAGUAUCACAUAAGUGUGUUGCUGACCCGGCCCGGAGAGGGCGGCACCGGACCACCCGGACCACCCCUUAUCAGCAGGACUAAGUGUGCAGAACCAACACGGGCCUUGCGAGGUCUCACAGCCUCAGAGAUCCAGUCCAGGCAGCUGACCCUGCAGUGGGAGACGCUGGCCUACAACUUAACCCGCUGCCACACCUACUCUGUGUCCCUGUGCUACCGCUAUGCCACCGUAGGGGGCGGCGGCGGGCACAACACUACUGUGCGCGAGUGCCUGGCGGUGGAGCACAAUGCCUCACGCUUCACCCUGCGCGACCUGCCGGCCUACCACUCCAUCCGGGUCCGUCUGGCGCUCGCCAACCCUGAGGGCAAAAAGGAGGGUCGGGAGGUUACCUUCCAGACUGAAGAGGACAUUCCCGGUGGCAUCGCCCCUGAAUCGCUGACCUUCACCCCCCUGGAGGACAUGAUUUUCCUCAAGUGGGAGGAGCCAGUGGAACCCAAUGGUCUCAUCACCCAAUACGAGAUCAGCUAUCAGAGCAUUGAGUCGUCUGACCCGGGCAUCAACGUGCCAGGACCUAGGAGAACAGUGUCGAAACUGAGGAACGAGACCUAUCACAUGUUCUCCAACCUUCACCCUGGCACCACAUAUCUGAUUUCUGUCCGCGCCCGCACAACCAAGGGCUUCGGCCAGACCGCCCUAACUGAGAUCACCACCAACAUUUCAGCUCCUAUGUUUGACUAUGGAGACAUGCCGUCCCCUCUGAGUGAAACAGAGAGCACGAUCACUGUGUUGCUUCGCCCCGCCCUGGGCAGGGGAGCACCCGUCAGUACGUACCAGGUUGUGGUAGAGGAGGAGAGUGGCAGGAAGGUGAAGAGGGAACUGGGGGUUCAGGACUGUUACCCUCUGCCCAUGUCCCAUGGGGAGGCCCAAGCCAGAGGGACCCCCCACUACUACACGGCCGAGCUGCCUCCCAGCAGCCUGCCUGAAGCCAGCCCCUUCACAGUGGGAGACAACCACACCUACAAUGGCUACUGGAACACCCCGCUGGAUCCCCGCAAGAGCUACCUUGUCUACUUCCAGGCAAUGAGCAACUUCAGAGGGGUUAAAGUGGCAGCGCACGGUGAAGGCUCCGUGCAGGGAGUGAGGAACGUUGACAGAUGGCCUGCUCAAUCAAAAGCCAUGAAGGCAUAUCAUUCUGUCGCAUCCCAGGAAACCAGAAUGAACUGCAUCCGAAUAGCCCGGAAAGCGGCCUGUAAGGACCACCGACGGGCUCUGGAGGUGUCCCAACACUCAGAGGAGAUGGGGCUGAUCCUGGGGGUGUGUGCUGGGGGCCUGGUGGUGCUCAUCCUUCUCCUGGGGGCCAUCAUCAUCAUAAUCAGGAAGGGAAGGGACUACUACUCUUACUCUUACUAUCCGAAGCCAGUGAACAUAAAUAAGACACCCAUAACGUACCGUCAGGAGAAGAGUCACAUGGGUUCGAUGGAGCGCAGUUUCACUGACCAGAGUACCCUGCAGGAGGAUGAGCGCAUGGCCCUCUCUGCAGCACGCAUGGCACACACCUGCAGCACGCGCAGUGAGCAGCGUAGCUCAGUGAACGAGUCCAGUAGUCUUCUGGGGGGUUCGCCGCGACGCCAGUGUGGGCAUAAGGGUUCACCCUACCACACUGGUCAGCUCCACCCUGCUGUGCGCGUGGCCGACCUUCUCCAGCACAUCAACCAGAUGAAAACUGCAGAGGGCUACGGCUUCAAACAGGAGUAUGAGAGCUUCUUUGAUGGCUGGGACUGCACCAAAAAGAAGGACAAAACUAAAGGGAGGCAUGACACGUUGAUGGGAUGUAAGUCAUCAUGGACAUGCCAGCCUUCUUGUGACGAAAGCACUGAUCACCACGACCGCCACAGAGUCAAGCUCCACCCACUCCUGGGAGACCCCAACUCUGACUACAUCAAUGCCAACUACAUAGACAUUCGGAUUAACAGGGAAGGCUACCAUCGAUCCAACCACUUCAUAGCCACUCAGGGGCCCAAGCAGGAGACAGUGUAUGACUUCUGGAGGAUGGUGUGGCAGGAGAACUGCUUCAGCAUUGUCAUGAUCACUAAACUGGUAGAGGUAGGCAGGGUGAAAUGCUGUAAAUACUGGCCUGAUGACAGUGAGAUGUAUGGAGACAUCAAGAUUACACUGCUGAAGACGGAAACACUUUCAGAGUACACAGUUCGUACUUUUGCCAUGGAGAGGAGGGGCUACUCAGCUAAACACGAGGUGCGUCAGUUCCACUUCACGUCCUGGCCGGAGCAUGGGGUUCCCUACCACGCCACAGGCCUGCUGGCCUUCAUACGGCGCGUCAAAGCAUCCACUCCCCCUGAUGCCGGACCCGUGGUCGUCCACUGCAGUGUGGGGGCGGGCCGCACAGGCUGCUACAUCGUGCUGGACGUCAUGCUGGACAUGGCCGAGUGUGAGGGCGUGGUGGACAUCUACAACUGUGUCAAAACCCUCUGCUCACGACGCAUUAACAUGAUCCAGACAGAGGAGCAGUACAUAUUCAUCCAUGAUGCCAUCCUGGAGGCUUGUCUGUGUGGAGAGACAGCCAUCUUGGUGAAUGAGUUUGCCCUCACCUACAAAGACAUGCUGCGGGUGGACUCUCAGAGCAACUCCUCCCAGCUACGAGAAGAGUUCCAGACGUUGAACUCGGUCACCCCUCACCUGGACGUGGAGGAGUGCAGCAUCGCCCUGCUCCCCAGGAACCGGGAGAAGAACCGCAGCAUGGACGUGCUGCCGCCCGACCGCGCCCUGGCAUUCCUGGUCACCACUGAGGGCGAGAGCAACAACUACAUCAACGCGGCACUCACUGACAGCUUCCACCAGCCCGCUGCCUUCAUCGUCACCCCUCACCCGCUCCCCGGCACCACCGCUGACUUCUGGAGGUUGGUGUUCGACUACGGCUGCACCUCGGUGGUCAUGCUCAACCAGCUCAACCAGUCCAACUCUGCCUGGCCCUGUGUCCAAUACUGGCCAGAGCCUGGUCUACAGCAGUAUGGGCCAAUGGAGGUUGAGUUCCUGUCCACGUCAGCUGACGACGACGUCAUCACUCGUCUGUUCCGUGUCAAAAACGUGACAAGACUCCAGGAGGGCCAGCUGGUGGUGUGUCAGUUCCAGUUCCUGCGCUGGUCAGCCUACCGCGACGUGCCCGACUCCAAGAAGGCCUUCCUCAGCCUGCUGGCUCAUGUGCACAAGUGGCAGAGGGAGUGUGGAGAUGGCCGCACUGUUGUCCACUGCCUGAGCGGCGGUGGGCGCAGUGGGACAUUCUGUGCCAGCACCAUCCUGCUGGAGAUGAUCCAGUACCAGAACAUGGUGGACAUCUUCUACUCCGUCAAGACGCUCCGCAACUCCAAACCCAACAUGGUGGAGUCACUGGACCAGUACCGAUUCUGCUACGACCUUAUCCUGGAGUACUUGGACUGCAUAGAAGAUAGCAUGAGAUAGCAAUGUUCCGUAGCUGGUGCAUCUCGUGGGCUGUGACUGCUGACUAGGUUACAUACCCUGUGACCCCCUCAACAUUUACUUUAUUGUUUGGAUUAAUGGGCCUAAACUGUUGUGAAGGACAACAAUAGAUAAAAAUAAAAAAGGGGGAAGUGCUCCUCACUUUUAACCCUUAAAUGUA